AUGUCGACAGGUAAACGUACUCUCGCAGCCGCCCUGCGGUCCUCCAAAGACGUCCAAGCGGUCAACCUCCCCGAGACCAUUGGAUACUUCGUUCAGAUUUCGUUGGACGACCUCGAUCGCAAGCGGAAUGAGAUUAUGGAGACGGCAACUGACGGUACUUGGGAGAAUGCGGACGAAGAGACUACUGACCUUUUUCAUGACUUUUUUAGGAUCGUUAUGAAGGCCGCCAACUGGGCUGCGUUUGCUGACUUUUUAGAUGCCCUUGAAGCUCAACAUCGACGGGCCUUGUACGCCGGAGCGAAUUGUCUUUCGAGAAAGAAGAAGAUCUUUGGAAUUUAUACGCCAUCGUUCAGAGAGGCUGUACCGCGUAUUAUGGAAGAUGGAGAGGUCGUGUGGAUGGAGUAUCCAAGCUUGGUUUUUAACCCCCAGACUGAUUUCCAUUACGCCGCUGGUUUGAGCGUGGAAGCGAGGGAGUUCAUGCAACAGUGUUGGAAUGACCAUUGUCGUUAUAUAGAUUUGGAGAUUGAACUUAGGGAUCCGGAGGAGUCGUUCAUCGCGCAGUUUGUAGCACAGAGGGGCCCGCUUUUUGGAUUCGAGAAGUACCGCUAG